AUGCGUUCAGCCACAGUUUUCCUAGACUGGCAAAAGGAUGAUAACUAUAUUGAAUUGCUGGUAAAUAAUCCAUUGAUUGAUUAUGCUUCUUACUAUGGGUGCUGCCAUCAAUUUAGACUUCUCCUCCAAUGCAUUGCAGGGCCUGCCCACUGGAAGGAGGUUUUUCCUGUCGCUAAUGGAGACCGUCAGUCACCCAUUGACAUCAAAACUGAAGAAACCAAGUAUGAUCCCUCUCUCCGUCCUCUAAAUCCCAAUUACGAUCCGGCUUCUGCUAAAAUAAUCCUUAACAAUGGGCACUCCACCAGUGUCGAGUUUGAUGACACUGUCAACAAAUCAGUGCUGACCGGGGGGCCGCUCAGCGGGACCUACAGACUGCGCCAGAUUCAUUUCCACUGGGGGUCCAACGACGAAGCCGGCUCCGAGCACGCGGUGGAUGGGAUGAAGUACGCGGCAGAGCUUCAUGUGGUCCACUGGAACUCAGAAAAGUAUUCCAGUUUUGUUGAGGCAGCUUGUCAGUCAGAUGGAUUAGCAGUCAUGGCUGUAUUUCUGAAAAUCGGUGAAUGCAACCCGCAGCUGAAGAAGAUUACUGACCGCUUGGACACCAUUAGAAUCAAGGGUAAAAGAGCACUAUUCACAAACUUCGAUCCUAGCUGUCUGCUUCCCAAGUCCCUGGACUACUGGACUUACUUUGGGUCUCUCACUGUUCCACCUCUGCUUGAGAGUGUCAUCUGGAUUGUUCUGAGAGAGCCCAUAAAUGUUUGUUCUGAACAGAAAGCCAAAUUCCGCAGCCUCCUGAGCACUGCUGAGGACGAGGUUGCCUGCUGCUUGCUGAAAAACUACCGGCCUCCGCAGCCUUUAAAGGGACGAGAAGUCAGAAGGAAUUAA